AUGACGACCUCGAACGCACUGAGCGGUGGGAAGCCGUCACGGCCAUCCCCGCCUGAGAAGGGCUCUUUUCCGCUAGACCGCGAAGGGCUAUGUGCAGACUUUGCCCGGGCUGUGAUUCGGUGCCUGCGGGAGCGCGAGGGCCGGACAGCGGCGUGCCGCGGUGAAGAGCUGGCCUAUCUCGAGUGUCGCAUGAAUCACGGUUUAAUGACCCCGGAGAGCCCGGCAGAUCUUGGCUUCGAUGAAGAAAACGACAGAGCACUGUCUGCUGUUAAUGAGCGUGAUGAUGGUAAGGAGCAACUGAAAGUCUCAGACGGGGCAUACGUCGCUGGCUUGCGGUACCAUCGCAGCAGGCGGCGCCAUCGAGAGCAGGAGGGUCAGCGGCCGGGUUCGUCUAGAGAAGAGUCCCCCGAGGGAUAG